AUGGCUGUUCACCAACCCUCGACUUACCAAGCCAAACGUGCAAGCAUUUCUUUGCUCCUUCAACCUAUCAACAACAACAUUCAGCCUGCCAUGACAGCACAAGCACUAGCUCUGGAGAAGCUUGGCCGUUCAGUGGAUAUGACCGUCUUUCAGGAGUUGCUUGAUCUGGACACACCAUCUGAAUUGUUCAGCAAAGAUGUUGUCAGCGAGUAUCUAGUGAUGGGUCCAGAGUCAUUGAGUACCAUGAGAGAAAGCUUAACACAAGUCAACCUUUCAAAGCUCAACACAAGCACACAAUCACUUCGCUGCGCAUCAAUGGUGCUAGGCCUCACACGUAUUGAAAAGUCGUGUGCUCGUAUCGAGACUAUCCUGGCGCACGGCGUCGAGCUUCAAUACACGGGCAUCAGCCUUAGCCAGAUCUGCGAGAUUCUCAGCUAUGUCGUCAAGGAUGCUCAUUCACACUUCGAGUCUGCUAAGAUGGCCUUCACGUCAUUCUACAACCUGCCAACACAUUAUUCGUCGCAAGAAGAUGCUUCUAGUAUCUCAAGCAUCGAGCUAUGA